CAAAAGCUUCUCCCAUUGAAUGGCUAACCCUGCGCCCCAGGUGUCAGACAGCACAGCCCAUAAGCACCUUGGUUCCUCACUUAGCAGCGACCAGUACAAGGCGAGAUUCCCUCCGUGUCAAUCAUCUCAGGCGGGACACAUGUUAUAACUACACGGUGUCGUGUCGUUUACACGCCUGGCGCACGUUUUACCGCUCGUGAUUUUCCAUACGUGCCGCAGGGGCUAUAGGCUCUCCCACACGCACGCGCGGAUCGACGUCGGGACGCCACUCGAUGUCAGGGGUGCAGAUCCUGGCGCUCCUGGGGGGCCUGGUGGGACUGGGGGCCACCAUCGGGGCCACGGUGUCCAACGAGUGGAGGGUGACCAGCAGGGCCUCCUCUGUCAUCACCGCCACCUGGGUCCUCCAGGGACUCUGGAACAACUGUGCCGGGAACGCUCUCGGAGCGCUGCACUGCCGGCCGCACCACACCCUGCUGAAGCUGGACGGCUACGUCCAGGCUUGCAGAGGAUUGAUGGUGGCAGCUGUGUGCCUGGGGUUCUUUGGCUCGGUGUUCGUCCUUGUUGGGAUGAAAUGCACAACCAUCGGAGGAACUGACAAGAGCAAAGCCCGGCUGGCCUGCGUCGGUGGUGUAAACUUCAUCGUAAGCGGGCUGUGCUCGCUCUCAGCGUGCUCUCUGUACGCUCACUGGAUCACCGCAGAGUUUUUCGACCCCGUGUCGGUGUCUCAGAAGUACGAGAUGGGGGCCGCGCUCUUCGUUGGCUGGGGGGGGGCCCUCCUGUGUCUGGCCGGAGGGGUGACGCUCUUCUUCUCCAGUGUGGGCUCCUGCACCGACAGGCGGCCCCAGUCCAGGUACGUCUACAAAGGGGCGGGGACUCAGUCCCAUGUGACGUCGGCCACCCGGGAGCCCCUGAGGCCGGCCGGCCAGAGGCCCCCCCACCCCAAGGGCAGCACCUCCUCCGGCACCAAGAACUUUGACAAGAGCGUCUACGUGUGAGAGGAGCCCACCACUUUAAGGGGGUUCUUUACUUUAAAACUUUUUUUUUAAACAAUUAAAUUGUGAUUUUUUUUUUGGAAUGUGAAAACACAUUUGAUAGUUAAAGUGUGAAACACUUUCAUGACAUUCGGAUGACGAUAGCUGCUGUCGAUUUGCAUAUUGUGGUCCAAUAUUGUACAUACGUAAGAUACGUAUGUAAUAUAGUUUACUCUCUAAUCGUUUUCUAGAUGCAGUACUUUUCUAGAAGACGGCUUUCUCAAAUAGUUCCUUUGUUCUUUUCUAUAGGGUCACCGUAAAUUUUUAUACACAUUUACUUUAUUCUAACAACUUUAUUCUAUAACAUUAUUCGUGUACAAUGAGAAAUAACUUAAUAUAGUGAAGGAGAAAUAUACUGAAUGUUUUUAUAAAUGUUGAGGGUUGUGUGCGAAUAGAAAUAAAAGGAAACCUUUUCAAAGGUGCGUGUACGUAUGGAUGUUCUUUCAGCCAUGUUCUAAGGACAGACAUAGGGAGUGCUUCCUGUGGUGUCCAAGUGAAUAAAGGAGCAAUUUAUAUCAAAA